AGAGCAGCAGUGGGACUGCCCGGUAUGUACCCCAAACUUCUUAAGUCUUUCCAAGUUUUUUUUCUCCUCUUUUCCUGGGAUUUGAAAUGUAAUCCCGUCCUCCUGUAAUCGUAUUAAACGAACACGAUACUGCUGUGAGGUGGACACCACCCUGGAAAAAAAAAAACAAUGCUCCAGUCUCACUUUGUGCCCAACAGCACUUCUCUUAGAGCCUUAGGGAUGAUCUGGACUUUCACAAUCGGCCUUCAGUUUCCCUCAGUCCUCACAGUAAAUCAGCUCAUAUGUUUGAAUUCUGCUGGUUUACUCGAGGGUAAAAUGUUAUUAACGCAAUCUGUUUAAACCCAGUUAUGCGGUGCAGUUAUAAAGUUUUGUCAUAAACUGCGUAAGGAAAGAUUCGAUGCGUUUCAACCAGAGCCUGCAGUGUAACAGAUGAGUAAUGAGGAAGAGGGCAAACCGUGACCUUUAGUCAGUGAUCGUUAGGAAAAUAGAAAAAUAAGAAGUGAUGUAGUAGAAAAUAACACCUCAUACAACCUUAACCACUCUGAAAUUAUUUACUCCUUCUAAGAUUCACACUAUGUCACAUUACACUGUGGCCAAACUGAGGCUGGGUGGUUUACCUGCAGCUGUUGGCAAACAAAUUACGCACGAGUAAGUUGGAGAUAAACGCGUCCUCCUCUCUGCUUGUCCAGAAGCAGUGCGGAAUCAAAUGGCGGCGUAUCGAAGUGAAUUUGAUUUCUCUCUCUCUCUCUCUCUCGCUCUAACAUUUUAUCAGCUGAUCAAACUCAGCUCCGUGCUGACCUCGGAGUGCACCAGGGUGCUCCCACUAAACUCCAGUCAGCUCUCCCCAAAUCUGUGCUUCCACAGCCCCGGCGGUGCAUUGUACUGCUCUGUGCACUGAGGUAUUUAUUCUACAUUCACAGGAAGUGUGAUACCGGCCUGUAAAUGUAGACAGGAGAUUGAUGCUUUUUUUUUCUCCCCCACCAUGUUUAGUUAUAAAGUUAUUUCCCGUUUGCCAUAGUGUGACAAGUCACGAGUAUGUGUAGUUGCACGACACAACAAGCGAUCACCUUAAUCUUUUGUGUGUUGAAUGUAUGUGUGCCCCCCGCCCUCUCUCUUCCUCCCUCCCUCCCUCGCCGUAGUUUCCCUUGCUCUCUCAGAUUGGUGGUUGGUGUGUCUGGGCACAUCACGUCUAACACAUAAGGCGACCUUUAAUUAGAAUAUUGCAGCAGCAGUUUGUUUUAUUCCCCUGGAGGCUGACACCUAGCAUUCCUCCCUCUCUCUCUCUCUUUAUACACCCCCACCCCACCCCCUUCUCUCUCUCUCCUAUCUGUCUAUCUCGCUCUAUCUCUCUCUUCACCCUGGUUUUCUAAUAAGCAUCCUCCUAUCCUCGCCUCCGGUGCUGCAUGAAAAGAUGCAAACAUACUUAAUUAGAGCGGUGGCAAUAAUUUCCAGGCUAAAUAUGCGACCAGACAGACAUGGAAGUGAUCUGAUACCAUUCAGAAAGGAUACUAUCUUGCUUCCCUGUAUAGGAUCACUGUGUUGAUUUUUUUAAAACCCCCCUCCCUCUUCACCUCUAUUCCCAUGGCUUUUCUGUACACUUGCUUUCAGGAGGGAAGAAGCAUGUCACGGCUGUCUCUGACCCGGUCCCCGGUCUCUCCUCUGGCCGCUCAGGGGAUCCCUUUGCCGGCUCAGCUGACCAAGGCAAACGCCCCGGUGCACAUCGAUGUCGGGGGACACAUGUACACCAGCAGUCUGGCGACCCUCACGAAGUACCCAGACUCCAGAAUCAGUCGUCUGUUCAAUGGCACCGAGCCCAUCGUGUUGGACAGCUUGAAGCAGCACUACUUCAUAGAUCGGGACGGCGAGAUAUUCCGCUACAUUCUCAGUUUCCUCAGGACCAGCAAAUUGCUCCUUCCAGAUGACUUUAAGGACUUCCACUUGCUGUACGAGGAGGCACGCUAUUACCAACUGACACCCAUGAUCAAAGAGCUGGAGCGCUGGAAGCAGGAGCGCGAGCAACGACGGAUGGCACAGCCCUGUGACUGCCUGGUGGUUCGUGUCACACCCGACCUGGGCGAGAGGAUUGCCCUGAGUGGGGAGAAGGUCCUCAUCGAGGAGAUCUUCCCCGAGACUGGAGACGUUAUGUGUAACUCAGUCAACGCCGGCUGGAACCAGGACCCAACGCAUGUAAUUCGAUUCCCCCUCAAUGGCUACUGCAGGCUCAACUCCGUCCAGGUUCUGGAGCGUCUUUUCCAGAAAGGUUUCAGCGUGGCGGCGUCAUGCGGAGGCGGUGUAGACUCAUCCCAGUUCAGCGAGUACGUGUUGUGUCGCGAGGAUCGGCGGAGUCUGUCCAUCAACACGCCCAUCAGGAUAAAACAGGAACCCCUGGACUAGAGCAUUCUGGGAGAGGGACUGCCAACACCCCCCAAUAUUCCUUCCAUCUUCUUGCACCACCCCACCCUGCCUUCCCCUAAGCCCCCUCCCUGCCCUAUCAGGACCACAACCACCCCCAGCAUACCUAAGUAUUAGCAGAGGCUUGUUAACCUCGCCAGCCCUGCAGAACACUAAGGGGAAUGUAGUACCAAGCAAAGGGAAAAAAAUGCAUCAGCAACAAAAGUUUUUGAUUAUGUUAAUAACGCCCAAAGAAUCUGGGACUGUGAUGAAAACAGCAACAACUACAAAUAGACUCAACAGCAGCACACUUGAACCAUUUUAGCACCAUGACUGGUUGAUUUUUCCUUCAUCUUCUUAUGAAAAAAAGGUGUCCUGACCCUUUUUGAGGGACACAACUGCCCCCUUCUUUGAACCCCAAUUCACCACACCCCUCAACACACACUUACUCAAACACACACACACACACACACACACACACACAAAGAGACACACACACAAAUACCGCCCCUCUACCCCUCUUUCAGCACUGUGUCAUCCAGUCCUUUCUCCUUAUGAGGUCCAUGUCUUGUCUGAUUGGUGACAAGUCUGGCCUGCUGUGCAACAAGAAAGCUCUGGCAGACAGGAUGCUUUUAAGGAUGACAGGAAGAAGACAUAAUCUGAUUUUACAAAUCCCUCAAAAAGCCCAAGCCCCCGAGACCCCACGACCCUCCAACCCCAUCCCACCACCUCACCCCCACGGGCCUGGCUACAGACGCCAGGGCCUCACCGAAAACAGCAUCGUUUGCCAAACUGAUUGUUUAUUACAAUUUUUCAUUGUUGUUUCUAAAGUAUGUUCUUCUUGCUCCUUUUGCUGUUCUUAUCAUGACAUGGUGUAAACAAUUAUUAUUAAUAGGAUUAUUUUUAAUGUCUCUUUUUUUCCUUUCUCCAAUAUGAAGGAUGUAUGAACAUUGUAUUCAUUAGGCUUUGAGAGCUUGUGAGGGAGCAUUUCUUGGCAGUAGCUGCAGAAACUCAGAUGUCUCCGGGCUAUGUGGCUAAAGCGAUCUGGCUGGCAAUGCAUUCAGAGCCGGAAAAAGUCCCAUUGUUCAAAUGGGGAUGGAAGAGAACCUGGGUGUUUCAACAUUGUUUAUAGUCAAAUGUGCAGCACACAUAAAAAAAAAGUGCUCUGGAAUUUGUGCUUAUUAGUUCUAAAACAUAUCUCGGGUCUCUGAUCGGGUUCUCUCGCACGAGCACAAACAUUUGUUCGCAUUUAGCAGAAGCUUAAGAAAGUUCGUAAAAUUUAAAAUUCAGGUUGAAGUUGCACAAGCUAGCACAAGUGUAAUGCAGUUCUGUUGGGUUAGAAUGUUAAAGACUUGAGGACCAACGCAGAAAGCUGACGUUUACCAGUAUGUCUCGCGAUCAGCAAGAGAUGUACUCUAAAUGCUUAAUUUGUUUCUUUGCACUUAAACAUUUCCUACAGAGCUGUCCUGCCCUGUUGCCCUUGAAACACUUGUUUGAUCCCAGUGACCAGUGCCAAGUCAAGCUGUUUAUCUUCUCAUGUUUUAGCAGACUAGGACACUAAUACAUUUUUUUAAAAAACAGGCAAAGCUUCAAAUAGAACAAAUACUGUAGGUACCAAAGUGGACAAGGUGCCUAUUUUGUUGAUUGUACAAACAUAAAGACGUCUUUUUAUAAUCUAUAGCUAAAGAAGACACAAUUCAUUAUUCAGAACUGUAUGAAGGGUACCAGCAUUUGUUCCUCUAGGCCUCCAGUCUUGACAGUUUUGUUGAGAAUAGCUCACGGUACCUUCAGACUAAGUUUGAGAGACAAAGUCUCUGUUUGUUUGAAUAUUGUCACUUCUAAGCCAAGAUUAUUUCAGUGGUUCUUCACAUGUAUAUAUGGCAGAACCCAAAGUGAACUGUACUCCUAGCAUCUGCGUGUUAUUCACAAAGAGGCGAGUGGGCGGCAUUUACUCUAUCCUGUUCUCAUUCUUUUGGUCUUAUUCUCAACAUUUCUGGAUCAAAGACAGAAACAAGAAAGGCCAAGUUUUCAUGCUUUAUAUUUGUGUGUAACUUACAGAUGCUGUUUCUUCCAUUCCAAAAGACUGAGAGAGAGAAAAAAAAAAGAAGCUCAUUCUGAUCUUUGUGGGUGCUGGCAGUUGUUUGAGUUAAACUGGGGUUGUUUUUAUAAACUAGUUGUUCAUUAAAAAUGGGCGGUAGUUCUUCUGACCAUGUUGUCCUAAUAUCUGCUCUCUCCGGAUGGCCGCUGAUUAAACGAGGCCAAUGAGUGGAUAAAGAUGAGCUCAGUGUAAGUGUAGCUCCCAGGCUUGCGCAGUCCUCCCUGGGGGUCUCUCUCACAAUCAAGCCCAUCUUUGUUCUGACCUGCCAGUGGCCUGCGCCUUUGCAUACAGUCGCCUCAAAGGGAAUGGUCAACCAGGCCUUUUCAUGUGCCGAGGCAUGUUGGGCUCUUCACAGCGCUCCUCACCCCCCUCUGCCUCCCCGAAGGCUCCCAGCUCAGUGGUGCCAGUAGAAACUCGGGUUGCCCCCCCUGCUGCUGUGUCAUCCCCAUGCCCUGGUUUUCAGAACGCCCUCCUACAAUGUGGCUCGCUGGACCACACCGCAGCAAACCAAACAAACUGAUGAGUCAAAUCUGAGCAUUCUCAGAACAUGCUGUACAGCCAGGCGACUUGACUCUGCUGCUGAGCCCGAGAUCUUUCCUCCAGUUCAUAUGAGGUGUGGAAACUCAUCUGGGUUAGUUCUUUAGGAAACAGGGGUGAAAACGAUCCAUGCUACACUAAAACCUCACAUCUGCAAGAAUUACUUUUUUUCAGGGAUGAGGGAACGAAGGCAUAUUUUCUUACUUGUGUGGCAUUUUGAAAUCACAGAAUGGGCUUUUAGCUUCCAAGAACUAAAGGGGUCAUGCAUUUUAGAACAAAAACAUGAGUGACACAUUAAGUAAGAAAAAGGAACAAAAAUUGCAGGUAUGGGUUUCUCUGUUUGCAAUAACCAAACCGGGGAUGCCCCUUUCGACUCAGUGUAUAAAUGGCAGGCUAACUUCACAGCUGGUCAAACUUGACAGGACUGGAAACUUCCCAGACAUGUUCACACACAUGCCACCCUUUUUAGAUGGUACUGGUCAGUGUUCAGCCAGUUCACAUGGCAUUCAUUCCACCUCUGAGGCAGGUCAGUUGUACAGUUAUUGUAUAUUGAAUUAUCAGGACUCUGGGUUUUAUGGGACCCUCGUGUUUUUAAGAGACCUCUCAGUCCUCUUUGCGAAAAAGAAUGAAAAGAAUUCAAAGCAUUACCUUGUGUACAUAUGGAUUAAAACAUUUCAAAGGGUAUAAUAAGGUGCAAAUGUAUAUUAUUUAAAGUGUUUAAAACAAUUAGACUGUGGUAUUAAAGGGCAUGUGUUCAUUUACAGUGUCUCCAUUUGACUUUUCUUGCAUAUUUGCGAUAAUAAAAGGAUGUACUGUA